GUCACAUGCUAGUCUGCUCACCCAGCCCGUAGCCUGCGGUAGCCCGGAGCCGGGGCUUUGUGGAAAAAAUACGCGGAGUCGGUGAACGUUUUUAGCGAAGAAUAACAAUCAUGUGAUGGCGAAAAGGAAAAUAUAGCGGUAGAAUUAAGCUUGCCGACCCCCUCAGAAAACUGACAAAGCACAUCGAGUGACAAUGAGGUCUUCGCUGGCGCCUGGGAUCAGGCUCAUCACGUCUUUUUCAAGAGAGAGCUGGUACCGCGGCUUCGCUCUGUUCCUGACGUUCCUCUUCUACACCAGCUACCACCUGUCCCGAAAGCCCAUCAGCAUCGUCAAGAGCGAGCUCCACAGGAACUGCUCCUUUGUCAUCCGUCCGCCGGACUUCAACGCCUCCAACAAUGAGACGUGGUGCGACUGGGCGCCGUUCGACCAGGACAACUACCAGAAGCUGUUCGGGGCUCUGGACAACUCCUUCCUGGUGGCCUACGCCAUUGGGAUGUUCAUAAGCGGGAUCUUCGGGGAGCGUCUGCCCCUGCGCUACUACCUCUCCUCGGGGAUGCUCCUCAGCGGCUUCUUCACGGCCCUCUUCGGCCUGGGCUUCUACUGGAACAUCCACAGCAUCUGGUUCUACGUCUUCGCCCAGGUGAUGAACGGGCUGGUGCAGACGACCGGCUGGCCGGCAGUGGUGACCUGUGUGGGAAACUGGUUCGGAAAGGGGAAGCGAGGGCUGAUCAUGGGCAUCUGGAACUCUCACACAUCCGUGGGCAACAUUUUGGGGUCCUUGAUUGCAGGGGUCUUUGUGUCCUCAGCCUGGGGGAUGUCCUUCAUCGUGCCUGGCAUCAUCAUCGGCUUCAUGGGCCUGGUCUGCUUCUUCUUCCUGGUGGAAAAGCCCGAGGAUGUGAAUUGUGACCCUCCUCAGCAUCAUGACAGCCCAGAGCAGGAGCCGCUGCUUCAGAGCUGCUGCAGCAAUGAAGAGAUUUUCGGGAGCCCAACACAUAGCCCAGUGAACGGGCCAGUCACCCCCGAAUCCACGUACGAGGAGCCAGAGGCUAUCAGCUUCAUGGGUGCACUCAGAAUUCCAGGGGUGGUGGAGUUUUCCUUGUGUCUGCUGUUCGCCAAGCUGGUCAGCUACACUUUCCUCUACUGGCUGCCCCUCUACAUUGCUAACGUUGCUCACUUUGAAGCCAAGGCUGCAGGAGACAUGUCCACACUGUUUGACGUGGGAGGAAUUCUGGGGGGCAUCUUGGCCGGCGUCGUCUCGGACUACACGGGGGGUCGGGCCACGACCUGCUGUGUCAUGCUCAUCGUGGCCGCGCCCAUGUUAUUCCUGUACAAUCAUGUGGGACAGAAUGGUCUGGGGACAACAAUAGGGAUGCUGAUGCUGUGUGGUGGGCUGGUGAACGGCCCCUAUGCCCUGAUCACCACUGCCGUGUCCGCGGACCUGGGAACUCAUGAAAGCCUGAGAGGGAACUCCAAAGCAUUGUCGACGGUAACCGCUAUCAUCGAUGGAACUGGUUCCAUAGGAGCUGCUCUGGGACCUCUGUUAGCAGGACUGAUCUCUCCUACCGGCUGGAACAACGUGUUCUACAUGUUAAUUACUGCCGAUAUCUUGGCCUGCCUGCUGCUCAGUAGACUCGUGUUCAAGGAGGUGAGAGGCUGGUGUGGCAGCAACGCGAGACAGAGAGGGUUUAAAGAAAUCUGAUGGCUGGAUCAGUGGAGGAAUAAGCUUCGCUAACUCACACGGAACAAUGAAACGACAGCAAAAAAAGAACAUGUGGGAAAAUAAAGGGACCGGGGAGGCAUCUACUGUAGCUUUGAUGCCAGCCCCUUCUCUACAGGAUAUCCUUUGAGGUACAGAGGACAAGCAGAUAAAUGACCAAAUAAGGGACUUUCAUCACUCAGCUGGGGCGAAAAAACAUCAAUGGUACAAAGAGAAGACGGGAUGAGAUUAAAGGAGCCAAAGAAGAAACCAUCAAUAUUGUCAUCCCCCAGUUGUCAGGGACUGUCCACGUGGUGACAAAGCUUUCCUAAUUAACACUUGAGUGCUCUAAUGACUAAUGUCUCUCUGAUCUCGCCUUGUAUUUCUUUUAUCAUUAAAAUUGUACUAAAAAUGUG